AUGGCCAAGAGUAGGCUUUCUGGAGGAUAUUGUGGUAAUGCAGUUGAAACAGGUUGUGUAUCGGAUGGAUCAGGUACAUCAGGAAGAAUGGAUACUGAUAAUACCGUUUCAGAGGAGGACAAUCGGAUUUCACGAAGGAAAUGUAUUGGUUUUGAUUCAGGUCUCCGUGGUGAAUUUGGAGUUCCCAUUCAAGUUGUUCCUUUGUCUAAAUUGUCAGCCCUUCAAAGAAAAGAUCUUGCCAAUCGGUUUAGGUCUGAUCUUGAACAGGUUCGGCUUUUUCAAAACAAGUUUGAAAUGCAAAAGAGAAAUGGUGUUAGAGAUAAUAUUAUGAAUCGCAACAAUGGCCAAAAUGGACCUCAAAAAGAGAACUCGAGAAAACCAUCAAUAUCUGGUUCAGUAUCUGUGAAUAAUUUGAAACCAUUGGAUCAGAGUCAGAAGCCUCGUGGAUGGAGUCGGGGCUCUUCUGGAAAGUUUGAGACUCCGGCACGAACUUCCUUGCCAGGAACUGCAAAUGCAGUGUUGAUGAAAGAUUGCGAGUUACUGUUGAAACGGUUGAUGACUCACCAACAUGGUUGGGUUUUUAACGCCCCUGUGGAUGUGGUUAAGUUGAACCUUCCUGAUUAUUUCGAUGUCAUUAAGCAUCCUAUGGAUUUGGGAACAGUACAAAGCAAGAUUGCUACAGGAUCAUACACAGGCCCAUUGGAAUUUGCUGCAGAUGUGAGACUUACAUUUUCAAAUGCAAUGAAGUAUAAUCCACGUGGGAAUGAUGUUCAUAUCAUGGCCGAUGCCCUUAAUAAAUAUUUCGAACUGAGAUGGAAAUCAAUCCAUAAGAAAAUUCCUAGAAUAGAGUCUCUACCAUUGCCCAUGAAGAGAGAAAUUUUUGAAGAUGUAAAAACUACCAGACCAGCACAUCCUUCUAAAAAGAGGAAAAUUGCUUCAUUGCCUGCUCAACCUGAAACUGUCCCACUUCCACCUGCUCAACCCGAAGUUAUCUCAUCCGUUCAACCAGAAAUUAUCCCACAUGCUACUAAACAAGUUAUGUCGGAUAAAGAGAAACAAAAUAUUGGUAGAGAAUUGGAGUCUCUUCAAGGUGAAAUACCUGCCCAUAUCGUUGAUUUUUUGAAAGAACACAGUUCAAAUGGUAAAGAAUGUGAUGACGAUGAGAUUGAGAUUGAUAUUGAUUCUCUCAAUAAUGAUACACUGUUCAAAUUACGAAAGCUUUUGGAUGACUCUUUACUGGAGAAGCAAAAAAACAAAGUAAAAGUUGAAGUGUGUGAAAUAGAGCUUUUUAAUGAUUCUGGACCAAGCAAUUCAUCAUUGCAAGCAUUUAAAGGUGAUGAUCUGGCUGAUGAAGAGGUGGACAUUUGUGGAAUUGAUUCCCCAGUCUCGAGCCACCCUCCUGUAGUGAUUGAAAAGGAUACAACCUACCAGACGAGCAAAUGUUCAAGUUCAGGGAAUAGCGAUACAGACUCUAGUGGUUCUUCUGAUAGUGAAUCGGAUGAUGUUAGCACAACACCAGAUGAUUUAUUAAAGGUACCAGAAAACAUAGGCACUGAUUCUCAGAUGGAUUUAGAGACCACAUAUGCUCAUACUUCUGUUAUAAACCAGUCAGUUAAUGGCUCGGAUAAACAUGAUGAUAAAUCUCAGCAAAAGCCAAAUUCUUGCGACUCUGAUUGCUUUCAAGAUGGAGAAUGUGGUUCAACUGGGAGACAUGUCUCCCCUGAUAAACUUUAUCGAGCUGCAUUAUUGAAGAGUCGAUUUGCUGAUACCAUCUUGAACGCUCGAGAAAAGACACUAACCCAGGGUGUGAAGGGAGAUCCUGAGAAAUUACGCCAGGAUAAGGAAAAAUUAGAGAUGGAGCGACGAAAAGAAAAGGCAAGGCUACAAGCAGAAGCAAAGGCAGCUGAAGAAGCUAGAAAGCAGGCAGAAGAAGCUGCUGCUGCAGACGCAAAACAAAAGAGGGAGCUUGAGAGAGAAGCUGCACGACAAGCACUGCUACAGAUGGAAAAAACUGUGGAAAUCAAUGAGAAUUCACAAUUUCUGGAAGAUUUGGAAAUGCUCAGAGCUGUACCUGGUAAGCAAUUACCUAGCUGUAUAGAUGUGACAAGUCCUGAUCGCUCUGAAGAUGGCAUGAGUAGUUUCAAGUUUGGUGGUAGUAAUCCCUUGGAACAACUAGGAUUGUAUAUUAAAGUUGAUGAUGAAGAGGAGGAAGGAGAUCCACUGUGUGUGCCAAAUACUGUAAAUGAUGUAGAAGAGGGGGAGAUUGAUUAA